UAGAGUAGGAUUAACGUUACUUAUGGGAGACUGACAACAAUCAACAAAAUGACUUUUAAGUUAAUUUCCAUAGGCCUACAUAUUAACACAUGAAAUUUGAAUGACUUUGAUGAAGUUGGUCAAAGUUUUACAUGGUGCCAAUCAGAGGAAAGUAAGAACUAGGCCAUACAGCCACUGAGAUGUUUAGCUAAACUCAUUAAGAUCAUAAAGGAGUGCUAAUAGUGUUUGUUUGGAAUGGGCUGGCAACCUUUUGAGUUUUCAUUAAACAUUUCCAAUAUUUCUUCAAAUUGUAUCGUGCUGUAGUGCAAAGGCUUGUUUGAGAAAGUGCAAAGGCUUGGUUGAGAAAAGAAGAAGCGUAAGAGUAGCAGCUGGUCAGCAGAUGGAGACAAACCCCAACAAAAGACAGCUGGUCCCCUCAGGGUGCUGCCCUGCUCCAUUAUCACUGCGCCUGGUCAAAUGAACAAAUCAUGAAUCAUCAGUGAGAGGCUAAGUCGGAGCUAACAUCUUUAACUCUAGAUCAUUAUAUAGUUUGCCCUGUUGGCAACACUAGUCUCGUUAGUAUUCGAGUAAAAUACUUAAGUUGUUGACAUCAGCGUUUCAGAGCUGGUAUUCAUUUGAGUGGCUUUGACGGUGAAUAGCUAACCCCAACAGGCUCAGUUUAACUUGUAAACACUUUUGUAAAAGAUGGCUGACAACGGAGCACACCCGACCGAAGAAGACCCGGCUGCGGCUUUCUUGGCUCAACAGGAGAGUGAGAUAGCGGGGAUUGAAAAUGACGGCGAGGGGUUCGGGGUGCUGGAAGAGUUGGGCAGCGAGGAGCCAUCUGAGCCUCAGCCUGAGCCUGAGCCUGUGAACUACGGUGAGUGACUGUGACUGAACUACUGUUAGCAGCCUCUGCUAGCGGGAUAACAAACUAGCUAAUUGACGCUAGCUUGUCAUGCUACCGGUACUUUGACUGGAGUGGUUUCAAGUUAGUUGACGGAGACGACCACCCACCAGUCUGCUUUAAGAAUAGUCGAAAUAGUUAAAACAGCUAUGUAGAAUAUCAGUUAACAUUAGCAAAUAUGUUUUAUUACAACUUAACUAACGCAACGCAAACGUUAGCUUCUUAGCCUAGCCUAGCUAGCUGACCUUUUGCUUUCAUUUGCACAGCGACUACUAAGUUAAUGAUUGUUUAUCAUCCAACAGCACGUCCUUCUGACGCUCCACCUUUGGAAGUAUUAACAUUUUAUCAACAUCAUUGACACACAGACAAUGUACACCGACUAGUCAGAACAUUACACUGAUAUUUAAUGCAUCCCUUUCUAUCUCUUACAUGACAAAAUCGACUUUUCUAAAACUUUGACAUUUUCAUUUUUGUUCACGUGUUCAGACAGUUGAUAACUGUUCUUUGAAUUAGUUGUUAAAGAUGUAGUGAAUUUUGAUAGUGUACUAGACUGAACUGUGUCGGAGGGUGUAUUACUUAAUUUUGCCCUUCAUGUAUGUCAGUGAAUUAGACCAGAUACAAGAACCAUCUUUUGGAGCUUACACACUCCAGCACACAACAGACUGCCCACUACAUUUCCAAUAAUACAGAUAAAGUAAAAUAAUCUCCUGUCAGAUCAUAUCAACAAGAACAGAAGGCAUAGAAGCUGCCUGGAAGCAGAAUUUGUGUUGGUUUACAUUAGAUUUCUCGGGCGUUCAUAAUGCUAUAGCUGGUCAGCGUAAAUAUUAACAUUAUGUGACACCAAAGUUAUCAGCUUUGAACCAGUCCUGGAAAAACCUGUCCUACCAACUGUUAAAGCUGCACAGACAACACCGGUGCCCAAACAGGUGAUACUACAUUUCUGAAGCCUUGUUGAGCUUAAAAACAAAGUGUCAGUGUCCUUGUUAACAUAAGCUGGUCUGGAUAACAAGGAAGGUUAAUUAAAACCAAUUCUGACAUCAAGUAUUGCUCUCUUUUCACCAUGUUAGACGAUUUUGCAGAGGAGCCUGCCACAGUGAAUGGGGACAUGUUUCCGGUGAGCUUUUACAAACCUUUACUUUUUAAAUUUGCUUUAUUUUAUCAUAAUCAGAAUGAAAAAUGUUGCAUUGUUUUGUUUUCAUUAUUGUAUGCAAUGAGGGAAUUAACAAUUCAGUUCAUAUUGAGGCAGUAACAAUGGUUUAAAAAGUUGUGUGCCGUAUAUUGUCCAAAAGGAGUCCAAUGGCCCAACAGACAACUAUGCAGCCAUCGCCCAGGUCGAUAUUCAGAGGCAAGAGCCUGAGAGUUUACGCAAGUGGAGGGAGGAACAGAAGACACGCCUGGAAGCAUUAGGUAGGGAAAAAUGAUGUCAUCGGGGGUGAGAAUCAUACUGGUUAAUGCACUUCAUAGAUUAUGUAUCGUUUUCAGUUUACCUCAAGGGCAAAUGAAGACUUGUCUCAAGCUGUAGCACACCUAGAUUUCUCAGUUGUUUCCUUUUUUCCCAUUCUCUGGGGUCUCUGACUAUUUGUUCCUCCCUGUUGCAACCCAAAUAAGAUUCUGCAUCCAAGGCGGCAGAGGCAGAGUGGAGAGAGAAAGCCAAAAAGGAGCUGGAGGACUGGCAUGUACACCAGAAUGAGCAGAUGGAGAAGAACAAGGCCAACAACAGGUUAGUGUCUGACAUGCCCCCUGUUAACAUGCAGAGAAUUAACAGUCAGCAUACCCUGAUGAUGUGAUGAUACUGCUGCCACUUCACAGAAUUUAUUUCCAUCAACUUAGGUUAAACUGGUAGAUCUUUUUGUGCACGUACAUUACAAAGUGUAGCAAAAAAAAUACAUAACUUUAACAUGAUGUUAUAUUAAUCGAGCUUGAAGACAUUUAGUAAAUUGAGAGUUUAGCCAUUUAUUUCAUAGCUUUUAUAAAUACAGCCAGUGUAAACAUUAAGUUUGCCAUUUUAGCCAGUGUGCGGUCAGUGUUCAUUGCAACAGAGACAUUGCAUUCUUCCCUUUUCUUGAUCUAGCUAACCAGUUUUUCUCUCACACUUUCCAACAGACUCUGUCCAAGUCUGGCACGGUAUCACUCUGCAUCUGAGUCUCUUAGUUUUUGCCCGUUUCUUUCUCUUUUGCCUGUGAAAGCUCUGAGAGACAAUUCUCUGAUGAGAUAUUAGUCUACAGCUGCUUGUCCUGCUGGAUUCCCAGGGAAAUAAAACAGGAAGCUCGCUUUUUAGAAGGAAUGCAAACAACAGGGAGCAAAUGUCCAACACAGGCAGCAGCUCAGCAUUUGAGCACUCUUUUAACUGGGUGAAAUUCGUAGACGCUAUUCUAAGCCUUGUUAUUGGCCAGAGAAAGGUGGUGUUUUGAUUGUUUUUAACCUUUAAUUUCCACCUCAUUAGAAGUGUUUCUCAGCUGCUUCCACAAUCCUUUUAAUGCAAACACUAACUUUUCUUUGCUUGUUGUUUGACACUGAAACUGUUCUUCUUUCUCCUUCUUGUUUCCUGCUCUCUUGGCCUUGCCUGCGUACUAGGAUUGCUGACAAGGCUUUCUACAAACAGCCCAACUCUGAUGUUAUAGGCUUUGUGUAGGUUUAGAAAUCUUACACUUUUUAAUGUCGUAUACCCGGAGCCAAUUUCCACCUGAUUGCAUGCGCCAACACUAAAACUACAAUUCUCUUUUGUACAGGCUAAAUUUGUAUUCCCUGCCUUUUUAUUUGAUUGCAGCACAGUAUGAUAUGUACUAAGUAUUAAACUGUAGUUUUUUAAUUUUUGUCUCCAACCAAAUGUAUUACUGGUACAAGGACAUGCAUGAAGUUGAUGUCUUAGUUAUGUUCAGGUGUAAAGUGAGUGAAGUAUGUGGUUUAGUACCAUGUUUGGCUCAGAUGAGUUUUCUGGUAAUAUUGCACUAACACGUAUGUUUCCCUGCCUUCCCUUUAACCUGCAGAGCAUCGGAGGAGGCUUUCCUGGCAGAGACCGAUGGCGACAGCCCAGGAUCUGAAUGGGAGAGAGUAGCCCGUCUCUGCGACUUUAAUCCAAAAACCAACAAACAGGCAAAGGAUGUUUCUCGGAUGCGUUCAGUCCUCAUUUCUCUCAAACAGACACCUCUAGCUCGCUAAAGGGGGGCUGCAGGAAGAAUUUUCUGUUUUAGAAAACAUUGCCUUUCAGUUUUUAACCACCUUGCAUCAGAGAAAUUUGUAUGCCCUUUUCCAUAAAAUUCCUGGUAUGUUUAUAACCUUAAAAAGCUAUGUGCGUUUCUGACGCCUAUUAUGUUGAGAUAAUUAACUUAUCCCACUCUCUAGAGAGAAAAUGAAGGACUGCUCUGUGGUUACUACAUCCUUUAGCUGGUCAGUUUGAUCACUGCUAUACUUAAGAAAAUAUUGUUACUGUAAAUGAAACCUUUCCCUUCCCCUUAACUUAUAAAUUGUUUUAGGUCAACUUUGUUGCAUGCCUUUUCCAAUGUUUUGGAUGCACAAAUUUUAGUUGUUUUACAAAUACACAUUUUGGUCAAUGUCAAACACCACUUAAGCGCUAUUUCAUAUUAGAUUGUAACCACUUAUGCCUCCGGUUAAUAAGGAAUUAGUCUUUCUUCCUUUGUUGUAUUAUAUCUCCAAUUACCUUAUUUCACGUAGCUCGUGUAUGUUUCUCUUUCAAAUACAGAAGCUUGUGGCCUUUUUGAUGUAGCUCUUACUCCAGUGUGAGAAGUAAGCCAGACGGAAUUUCUCUCUAAUUGGGCAAAAAUUCAACAAAUUCAUUUAUAAAAAAGAAUCCCAACCAAAGACUUAUGCACCAUUUACAUUUGUGUAGAUCAAAUGAUAAACAACUUGUGCCAUUCCACAUUUCACAGAUUUCUCUCAGCCUUAUUUUUCUUUGCGCCAUUUCCUUUUUUUAACAACAUGUUGAAGGUUUUUUGAAAGCAGCAUUCAACACGGAGUCAAAUUCAACUGUUACACCUGCACAUUUUUUUCACAUGUUGCCUAUUUGGACAUUUCAAUUAAUGAAAAAAGGUGAAUGUUAAAAGGGAACUGAACAAUAAAAUUGCCAAGUAUGAUCACUUGAAGCCAUUUGUUCAUACAAAUUUCCAAUCUAAGACUUAAGUGCCCUGAAGAUAACUCAUUGCCCAGUUAAUGUGUUUGGAGAUCAAACAUACUGUACUACUGUACAGUACUGCGGCCAUGUGCCAAAAUCCACAAUUGCUUGCACUGAGGCAUAGAUUUAAGACAAAUGUGCAACAAAUAAGUCAACUGUGUUUAGCAUGUAACUGAUCAGAAACACUGACACUGAGAGGCAGGCUCAAGUUUUCAGCUGUACAUUUGUUUCUGUAACCAAUCACACUUUACUGGUCACUGAAAUGCCUUUGCAUGCACUAUUCACAAAGUGCUGUGUUCUUUCAAAUACAACGUUAUGAGCACUCCUACUUAAGGCUGUCAACUGUAAAUGAUUGUCUUUUAAGUGGUGAAAUUAAAGACUGGAUUUCCUUAAAUGUUGAAAACCCUUCUCGCAUUUAGAUUGACUCACCCAGGCCAUUAAUAUAAACUGUUUUCACAAAGACUUUUCCCACUGAUUUUUUUAAAUAAACUAUUGAAUAAAGGUUGUGCAAGGAGUAGAUGUCCCUGAA